CACUCUGACUCUUACUCUGUGGUGAAUGCAUACUGCCAUCACAGAGAGGCGUUGGACAAGUCGCCACACUUUCCUCUUCUUCAUUUGUCGACUCGUCUCCACAAGUGCGUGAAAGAUGAUGAGGCCAAAAGAUCUGCGCCAGGGCUCUGGCACCAAAACCUUCCUGGAUGCAAUGCACGGCGGUAAAGUCCACCUCGCACGUUUCAUCCUGGACGCCUUGGAUGGGCGCAUAAUCAACUCUAAGACUGAGAACAGUCGCACGCCACUCAUGUACGCUGUGUGUCUGCAAGACCCCGGGACCAGAACCAAGUUCACACGGCUGCUGCUGGAGAAAGGGGCAAAUGUCAACUGUCAAGAUGAGGACGGCCGCACAGCUCUGAGCCACGCCUGCGAGAUGGGCCACUUGGACGUCGUCAAACUUCUGGUGCAGUUCAAUGCCGACCCGGAUGUCUCUGAUUCCUGGGGAAACAGUGCCCUCAUGUACGCUGCCUUUUCUGGGCACAGCCAGGUCCUGGAGUUCCUGGUGAGAGCUUUCAAAAGACUGGGACUGAGACUAGACCGGACCAACAGUGCUGGUCACUCGGCUAAAGAGAUUGCCAACUUUUUUGGGCACAACCAAUGCGUCCAGAUUUUAAAUUUUCCUUGCAGAAAGAGCGCUUGCAAAGACGAUCCACUUGUUGAUGUGGUGACGGCUGUUGAAGUAGAACGUCGGCUGCCCAAUAGGCUCCCCAGGCAUGUUCUUGAGAAGUUUUCCAAGCAAUCAGCGGAUGAAGAGCAACUGCCAGAUGUGUUUCAGAGACAGACAAAAAUAGGAGAAAGCGGUGGACCAUGGAACCGUUUCAGGUGUCCCAGGAGUCAGUCUCAAGAGGACAAUCAUCAAAACAGCUGGGCUCUGCCUCCUCAGAUAGAGAAAAGCCAGGCUGAGGAGGAUCACAGCAUUCUCUUCACAGCCAAACAGCUGCAAAACUGCCAGCUUAGAGAGCUGAAGGGGUCAAAAAUGAACUCUGUUGGUGAGCCGAGCCAGAAAGACGUCGGCCGAGACAUUCGGUUUCCAGAGCAAAAACAGGAUAGUUUUCCGCUCUGGGGAAAGGCAAAGUCAUUUAACCUGGACCUUCUGAGCAGCAGAAAGCAGUCCUAUCAGGGUGAUGUGCGUGACAUGAGGUUGCCAGCCAGCAAAUUAAAGAGAGCCUCACUACAGGAUGACCGAUGCCUAAUAGACAAGACCGACUGUCAAGGGAAACCCGGGGCACUGACAAAGGAUGGCAGCCAAAUCGCUUCAUUUCCAAAACCUCUUUUAAAAAGCAAGACUCAGUCUGGGAAAGCACUCCAGGAGAAAGUCAAGCCCCAAACCGAGGAAGCUAGCCACAUGGCCCCGUUCAGCCGAAGAGGGCAACAGAAGAGGGGAAGCCUCGGCUCAGUUUCCAGACACAACAAAUUCCUUUUCCCAAGAGAGGAGAUGGAGACGGAGAGGAUCCCGGGCCGCGCCCCGGGGUUCAUGGGCCUGGGGACCAGACUGCUGCGUCGCUUCACCGCUCCAGAGUUUAUGAGGAUGGUGAUCGACUGUUCGUCCGGCUCCUCGAACAGAAGAGGUCGGAUGUCCCGCUCUGAAACCUACCCUCUGUCACACACACACCAGCAGGUCAACAGCCAGCCGAGCGUCGACAGCAUCAGCGCUGUAAAGUGUGAGUUUGAAAGCUACUCGUCUCAGUCUACCCUCGAUUAGAUAAAGGACAAUUUCCAACAAACAGAAGAGCCUGGUUGUGCUGUUUUUGUUGUUGUUUUUUUAUUGCACUUUAAACCUGACAGUCUCAAUUCUUUGACAGCUUAUGUUUCUUCUUAAGAAAAUAUAUACUGUUUUGUUGCCAGUUGUUUUUGCAAGAUUUCUAUUGGAGUAUAAAAAACUUUAAUGCUGAUUACUCAUUUACAACACAUUUUAUGCUACACUAUAUAGAUUUUAUGCUGUGAUUUUUUUUCUUUUUGGAUUCAUAUCACAUGAACCUAAUUGCAAAAAAACUGUAUUUUGCUUUAGAAGAUUUUGUGACUGUGAAAACAUGGCGAUAUGCCCAAUAAAACUGUAAACUCUUGUACUUUUGUCCCAUUCACUUGUAUUUUUCUUCUCGUACAAAAAAGAAUAAAUCGAGUUGCAUUUA